CUUUAUUCUUCAUCUCUUGAUGGCACCAUUAAACUAUGGGACUUCACAGAUGGGAUUCUCAUUAAAACUUUCACCGUAGGAUGCAAACUUCUUGCACUGUAUGCACUUGAUAGUUUUGAGGACUCAGUGUUUGUUAUAAUUCCAAAGAGUGGUGAAAGAGAUUCUUUCCAACUGGUAUCGGUUAAGCUGACAAAAGCAGCGGGCCAAGAAAUUGAAGCCAAGGAAUUGUCUGUGAUUUUGGAUGGUGUGGAUAAGUCACCUAAGUACACUGCAUUUGGAAGAGAAGGUGAAUAUGUGGCAUCAGUAAAAGAGCUUGAACUCCAAGUUUAUUUUUUCAAAAGGAAACAGAUAAACAGGUUUUCUUUAAGUGCAACAAACACCAAGGGUGGAAACAAUCGCUUCACUUGCGUAGCGUGCCACCCCAGGGAGGACUGUAUUGCCACGGGCCACCGCGAUGGAAAGAUUCGGCUCUGGAGGAAUUUCUACCACAAUAAAGAAUAUACAUUUUCCACACUGCACUGGCAUCAUGAUAUAGUCAUGGAUCUAGCCUUUUCUGUAGAGGGAACCAGCCUGCUGAGCGGAGGAAUCGAAUCAGUUCUUGUUCAGUGGCACAAUGGGUCCGACUGCAAGAAGGAUUUCCUUCCUCGCUUGGGAUCUGCUAUUGAGUGCAUCUCUGUUUCAUCAGAUGGCACUUCAUAUUGCACCUCACACACAGACAACAGAAUUACAAUAAUCAGCAGCAAUCUAAGAUUUUCCAGAAGUAUUCAAGGAUUAAUCAAAGCUAGGGAUGUCAAGACUGGUCUAGUGGUUGAUCCUAGAACUAAAGCUUUGGUCCUGAAUGGAGAGCCUGGCCACUUGCAGUUCUACUGUCUCCAAACUGACAAACAGCUCUACAGUCUGGAUAUUGUGCAACAAGAAUACAUCCAUCAGGAAGGUCUAAAUCAGCUUGAUUUGGUAAAAGUUGCAUUUAGUGCACAAGGCAAGUGGUUAGCAACAGUAGAGGAGCGAGAAGAUGACACUGACCUUGAAUUACAGUUGAAGCUGUGGAUCUAUGAUGAAGAAACACAGAGCUUUAAGCUGAAUACUAGAAUAAACAUGCCACAUGAGGACCACAUAACAGCCAUGUGCUUCCGUGACGCAGAUGAAAUGGAAGAUGACUCUGCAAUGUUGGUAACAGCUAGCAAAGACUGUCUGUUUAAAGCCUGGGUGAUAGUAGAAGACACAGAUCCUGAGGCACAGCAAAGUGUGAGUUGGAGCUGUGACUUUGUAGGCAGCUACCACAACUACCAAGCUACUAACUGCUGUUUCUCAGAAGAUGGAUCUUUGCUUGCUGUUAGCUUUGAAGAAACUGUCACUGUAUGGGACUCAUUUACGUGGGAUCUUAAGUGUACAUUUUGCCAUCCACCUGGAAAAAUAAGGAACAUCUGCUUUGGGAGACUAACAUGUUCUAAAUACCUUAUUGGUGCUACUGAUCAUGGCUUUCUGUGCUGCUGGAAUCUGCUCAGUUGUGCAUUGGAGUGGAGUGCCCAGCUCAAUGUCUUAGUGCUGCAACCUGAUCCCCUCUCAGAGCAUAUUGCUGCUGUCUCAUGCAUCUCUAAAGAUUCCAGCUUGUUUGUGUUUAAACCGAAUGAGCCACGGCCAAUCUGUAUCCAGAGAAACCUCUGUAAAGAGAAGAUCCAGUUUGCUGUCUUCGUUCCAAGGGACAUCCCUGAAACAACUGGUGCAGAAAAACACCUUUGGCUAAGGAGAUCCCAAAUAUUUUUUUUGACUAACACGCAAGAGCUACUGACCCUCAGCACAAAGUCUCCAGAAGAAAGGCUUACACCGUCAAGCAAACAGCUGGCAGUAGAAGAAAGUCUCCCUGUGACCCCAUUUAGCUUGCUACUGGGAAAGCACAGACAUCAAAAAUCACCAGAGGAUGUAGACCUUGGAAAAGUAGUUGUUCAUAGUCACCACAACCAAGAUUCACCUGCUGUCAAAGAGCUCCUGCACACUCCAGCACAUGUUUUACCAUCUGCUUCCUUCCUGUGUCCUAUAUUUAUUAAUUCAUUGCUGACCUCUAAGGAGAACAAAAGUGCUGAAGAGGUUGCUGAUGAAGUAGAAAUGGAAAGUAAAGACUCAGAAGAUGAUUCAGAUGAAGAAAGAAAUAUUGUUGAAAUUGAACAAGAUGACCAAAGACCUGUGGAUUUCUGGGGAGAAACAACAUGCAAACUGUCCAAAUCAGAGGAAAAAGAGCUACGAAAAAUAAGAAAAAUGGACUACAGUUGGAUAUCUAGUUUUUAA